GAGGGUAUUGUCGACCAUUUCCCUUCAAAAACCCUAACUCCCUUUCUUUCUUCCGUUUCUUUUGAUUUCUCCGUCUCCCAUCUUUACCGGCGGUCGCAUGACCUCUCCGGUUCGCGCCGGUCAUUUUCCUUCAUAGCUUCAUCCUCGUUUGAGGAAUUUCUAGUUUCUCUAAUUCUUCUUCUCUAGAAGGAGCCAACAGGUCAGUCUUCCUUCUCCUCGUACUUCUUACACUCAUGUAUAACUUGUUUCGCAGAAUCAUUCUACCUGGAUCUCCAUCCUCAGUCUUUACUCACGGAUUUUCCGAAAGUCCGUUGAAAUCUCUCAGAUUCUUAUCCACCUCUUCUGAGAUUGUAUCAUCUCCGAAAUCUGCUUCGUUGGCUUCUAAUGUUGUUCAGCUCAAGAACAAUCGGAAGGCUAUAAUUGCGUUUUUUGAGAAUCAUGGAUUCUCUGAAUCACAAAUCUCUGACCUUAUUAAGAAGGUCCCCCUAAUUCUUUCUGCGAACCCCGAGAUCCUAUUUCCCAUAUUGUUGUUUUUUAAAUCUAAAGGUCUUUCUUCCCCAGCGAUUACCAAAUUAGUAUGUUUUGCUCCUCAAAUUUUAAAACGAAGUUUAAACCAAGAAAUUAUUCCAUUCUUUGAUUACAUUCAAGCCGUGCUUGGAACUGUGGAGAAGACUGUCGCUACCAUAAAACGCUUUCCGCGUAUUCUCGGUUGGAAUCUUCGAAUUUCAGUUGGUCCCAAUAUUGAAAUUCUGAAACAAUUUGGAGUUCCGGAUUCAAAUAUUUCAACUUAUCUUCAGCGGCAGCCUAAAGUGUUCUCGACAAGUUCCAUCCGAUUCAAGGAGAUUGUAGAGAGAGUUACGGAAAUGGGAUUCAACCCUCAACGAUUGCAGUUUAUUGUUGCUGUUCAUGCUCUGCGAUCAUUAACCAAAUCUUCAUGGGAUAAGAAGCUUGAAGUUUAUAGGAAAUGGGGAUUGUCUGAAGAAGAGUUCUAUUUAGCUUUUAGAAAGUAUCCAUGGUGUAUGGCACUUUCUGAGGAUAAGAUUAAUGAUACAAUGGAUUUUUUUAUCAACAAAAUGGGACGUGAAUCAUCUCUGGUUGCUAGAAGACCAAGUUUACUUUCAUAUAGUUUGAAGAAGAGGCUUUUUCCUAGAGGCUAUGUUUAUCAAGUUUUGCUGUCAAAGGGUUUGAUUAAAAAGGAAAAGAAUCUUGAUUUGUUGUUUGAGCCUCCUGAAAAGCGUUUCAUAGAAAAAUACAUCAACGCUCAUAAGGAGCAGGUUCCUGGAUUGUUGGAGUUGUAUGAACAGAAGCUAAUGAAUUUAGAAGAUGAACAGAUACUUAUCGAACUCUUCUGAGAUUGUAUCAUCUCUGAAAACUGCUUCGUUGGCAAAUACUGCUCAGCUCGAGAAUAAUGGGAAGGCUGUAAUUGGGUUACUUGCGAGUCAUGGAUUCUCUGAAUCACAAAUCUCUGACCUUGCCAAGAGGUAUCCUUCACUUUUUUCUGCGAACCCCGAUAAAACCAUAUUGCCCAAAUUGUUAUUUUUUCAAUCUAAAGGUCUUUCUUCCCCAGAGAUUGUCAAAUUUGUAUGCUCAGUUCCUCGUGUUUUAGCAGGCAGUUUAAACAAACGAAUUAUUCCAGCCUUUGAUUACAUUCAAGCCGUGCUUGGAAGUGAGGAGAAGACUCUCGCUGCCAUAAAACGCUCUGCGGAUAUUCUCGGUUGGGAUCUUCAAAUUUCAGUUGGUCCCAAUAUUGAAAUUCUGAAACAAACUGGAGUUCCGGAUUCAAAUAUUUCAAGUUAUCUUCAGCAGCAGCCUAAAAUGUUCUUGACAAGUUCCAUCCGAUUCAAGGAGGCUGUAGAGAGAGUUACGGAAAUGGGAUUCAACCCUCAACAAAUGCAGUUUGUUGUUGCUGUUUUUUGUCUGAGAGCAAUGACCAAAUCUACAUUGGAUAAGAAGGUUGAAGUUUAUAGGAAAUGGGGAUUGUCUGAAGAAGAGAUCCGUUUAGCUUUUAAAAAGAAUCCAUGGUGUAUGAUGAUUUCUGAGGAUAAGAUUAAUGGUGCAAUGGAUUAUUUUGUCAACAAAAUUGGAUGCCAAUCAUCUUACGUUGCUAGAAGACCAGGUUUAACUUUAUAUAGUUUGAAGAAGAGGCUUUUGCCUAGAGGCUAUAUUUAUCAAGUUUUGCUGUCAAAGGGUUUGAUUAAAAAACACGAGUAUCUUUCUUCGUUGUUUAAUUCUUCUGAAAACCGUUUCAUAAAAAAAUUCAUCAACCCACAUAAGGAGCAGAUUCCUGGACUUUUGGAGUUGUAUAAAGAGAGAUUAAUGGAUUCUAGAAGAUGAACAGGUUCGAUAUCCUUCAAAUUUUAAUAUUUUACAAUUUAUGGAUUGACUUUGUAACUUGUUCAUAUCUCUCUUUUUGUUCAUCCUUAGUUUGUAUCUUCUCUAUGGCUUCUGCAUUUGUAUUGUGUUACAAUAAAUAUAAUUUUUUUGAGAUCA